AUGGUCAAUGUGCCUAAAACCCGAAGGACUUUCUGUAAGAAGUGUGGGAAGCAUCAGCCUCACAAAGUGACCCAGUAUAAGAAGGGGAAGGAUUCCCUGUAUGCCCAGGGGAAGAGGCGCUACGAUAGGAAGCAGAGUGGCUACGGUGGGCAGACAAAGCCGAUUUUCCGAAAGAAAGCUAAAACCACAAAGAAGAUUGUGCUGAGGCUUGAAUGUGUAGAGCCUAACUGCAGAUCAAAGAGGAUGCUGGCAAUCAAGAGAUGCAAGCAUUUUGAACUGGGCGGAGAUAAGAAGAGAAAGGGUCAAGUGAUCCAGUUCUAA